AACAUAACAAUACGAUAAGAGAUGAUGCAACGACGCGGUAGUUUCUUCGUUUUAAUAUGUAUAUUACGACAGACCAUCACCCAACAGCUAUCUCAGGACGCCUACCAGAAAGGCGCGGUGCCGUCCCGACGACCGACCGAAGACCCGAAGCUGGACACAGAGCGGCAAACGGAAAUGCUAAUGAUGUCUGCCGCUGACAUUAUACACGGGACUAAUCCCAUGGUGUGGCGCACCGCGGACAUCAGGAUGAGGAGCGACCAGUGCGCGUCGUUUGAGGUCGGCUUCGUCUUCAAGACUUUGGAGGAUACCUUCAGAAAAAUGCUAGACAUCUACAAUAUGACAACGGAGAUACGCAAGAACAGGACUGCAGUGGGCCACGGUCACCACGGCGACCACAUGGUGUACUUGCAGAAGAUCGAGAAGCUGCACUGGCGGGUAUACCACCUGCACAACAUGUUGCACGAGGUCGAGCGGAAAUACAAGAUGGACGCCACCAUUAACGCAUGUAAGCAAAGUUCAUAUAAUUCCGACCGAACAUUCUCGGUGUGCCUCGGUGGAAUGCUACCAGGCGAUUGGUUGAUGAUGAUAAGUUCUCAUCACGCGCGCAAUUGGUCGCAACUAAUUGCGUUGGACUGCACGCUUGGCUCGCAUUGCUGGCACCAUUCUUGGUGUCCGCAAGGCCCGUCUUUACGAAGUAAUUGGUAUUUAAGUCAAUAGAUCUAAGUCAUUAAUCAGCCUUUCUCACCCACUGCUGAGCAUAGGCUUCUCUUCUAGUCCGCCACCUGUCCUGGUCCUGGUCCCGAUGAGCUAAUCUCAUCCAGAAGUGACCCGCAAUCUUCUUAAUUGCCAUUGGAACGUGCCAACGAAUACCAGGCGCUUCUUUCAUCCGAAAGCGGCCACCAUUCUGUUAACAUUUUGGUCCACCUGCCAAUUGCCAUUACUUUGCCUAGCAACAUGUCCCGUUUAGCUAGGGUUUAACAGGACUUUUUAAAUCCCGAAAUAUCGGAACGAUACGUUUAA